AAAAAAGCGUGGUUUUAUAGCUUCUUUUCCUCCACUUCUUUUACCAUUUAUAAGUGCUUCAUAUCAGUACCCAAACGCACCGCAAAAAACAAGAAGCGGGCUUCUAAGCUUGAAAGCCCAGAAGCCUUGCUCCCAAACACCCCCUUAAGUGGAUGUACAUUAGAAUUUAUCCCAUUUUAUUAUACAACUCCCCUGGGCUACGCCUACUACUAGCUCCAUCCAACUUGCAUCUCAAAAACACAUCAUAUUAAAUUUAUAUAUUCGCCAUCUGAAAUGUAACACCCUCGUUUCAUCUCAGCCCGCCUUGAAUCUCUUUUCUUGGCUGGCUAUACACACAAAAAUUUCAAUAUUUUACGCACCCGUCUUGUGUUUGACAAAAUUACGUAAAGAAAGAAGAUUGAGAUAUAAUUGGAUUCGAGAAAUGAACAUGGUUUCGUCGUCGUCACAAAAGAAGAGUUACCACUCAAUGCUAGCAAGCAAGCUGAACAAGCUCUCAAUCCCCUCUUCAGACGAUCAAGACUUUGAUUUUUCCGAUGUGUUUGGGCCGCAAUCAUCCACCUCUUCAUCCCCGCCGUCCAAUUCCACCAACAGGUCUUCGUUUGAUCAGCCUCAGGUGAUUCACAAUCGUUCUCAUUCUUUUAUUGGGCCUUCCCCGCGUUUUACGCUGUCGAAAUCGUUGCCUUUUCACUCGACCCGACCCGUACCCGAGUCCGAACCCGAGUCUGAGCCCGAGUCUGAGGCUGAGGGGGAGAAUCUUGAGGAGGGGUGUGGGAAAGGUGGGGACUUGGUGGCUAAAAUUGGGCCGGGGGAUUUUGAGAUUUUGAGGUUGGUUGGGAAAGGCUCCUUUGGGAAGGUGUUUCAGGUCAGGAAGAAGGAUAGGGCUGGGGAGGAAUUUGGGGAUGGGAUUCUGGCUAUGAAGGUUAUGAGGAAAGAUACGAUAAUUAAGAAUAAUCAUGUCGAUUAUAUGAAUGCGGAGAGGAAUAUACUUACUAAGGUUGUUCAUCCUUUUAUUGUCCCGCUUCGCUAUUCUUUUCAGACAAAGUCUAAGCUAUAUCUGAUCCUGGAUUUUAUAAAUGGAGGGCAUCUGUUUUAUCAUCUCUACCGGCAGAGGAUCUUCAGCGAAGAUCAGGCAUUACUUUAUACUGCUGAGAUAGUAUCCGCUGUUUCACACCUUCACAAUAGAGGAAUCGUGCAUCGUGAUCUUAAACCUGAAAAUAUACUCAUGGAUGCUGAUGGACAUGUUAUGCUUACCGAUUUUGGACUAGCCAAGGAAAUUGAUGAAUCAAGCAGAUCAAAUUCAAUGUGUGGGACCACAGAAUACAUGGCUCCGGAAAUCUUGCUCUCUAAGGGCCACAACAAAGAUGCAGAUUGGUGGAGUGUUGGGAUCCUCUUGUACGAAAUGUUAAAUGGGAAGCCGCCAUAUACGCAUGCCAAUAGGAAGAAGCUACAGGAGAGAAUUAUCAAAGAAAAAAUGAAGCUUCCACCACACCUAACAACUGAUGCUCAUUCUUUGCUCAAGGGAUUGUUGCAAAAGGACCCGACAAAAAGGCUGGGCAGCGGUCCUAGGGGAGGGGAUGAGAUUAAAGGUCACAAGUGGUUUCGUACUGUUAAUUGGAAGAAAUUGGAAGCUAAAGAACUGAUCCCGAAGUUCAAGCCUGAUGUGAGUGGCAGAGACUGUACUGCCAAUUUUGAUUCGUGUUGGACUGCAAUGCCUGCUGAUGACUCCCCAGCUCCUACCCCGACUGCAGGUGCGCACUUUCACGGGUAUACUUACAUAGCACCCAAUCCCUGGCUUUCUUCUGAACAAGCUGAAGAGUAAAGCCAGAAUCCACCACCUAAUUUGUCGAUCUAAUUCUUGUAAGUUGUAAAUUAUUAUCUUUUAAGAUUACCAAAAAUUUUGACCCCACACAUAUAUUCAUGUGCUAUAUUACGUUUAGCAUCUGCUGUGUAAAAGUUUUAACGUCUCUUAGACCAGAAACAUGUUUCUAUUUUUACGUGUAAGAAUCUGCUGUUUUGAAGUCUCUUAGACAAGAUACGUGUUUCUAUAUUUA